AUGAACGUAAUAUACCCACUCAUCCAUCUGGUAGACAUAAGCAAGUACAUGUACAGCAGGCUGUCACAAGCUGCCACUAGCACCUCCGCAAAAGCCCAUCUCCAUCCCAUCUUCACUUCUGGGUCUGCCAAGUACCCGGUACUCACACAUGUUUGCCCCAGCUUCCCCAAUAUCUCGACGCUCAAUCAACGUCAAACAGAGACUCUUGCUCCUCUAAUCAGUUAUCCAGGGUCAGCACUGAAUGGCAGACAGCCCAUGGAUGCCCAGCAAGGCAAAACCGCAGCGAUCCAGAUAACAGCACAGAACCCUACAAAGUACCCCAUACUUGGCGCUGCCCCAAGUGGGCGCGGGCUGGUCGCUGUAUCGGAUACGCCGCCUACAUAA